GUGGACAAGCAAGCUCUCGCAGAUAAAAUCGUACGAGAAAGUCGGCCGAUAAAAUCGGUACGUGUAGACAGGCCUUUAGGCUUAUGACUUGAAAGUAGCAAAUAAAUAUUUGUUUUCAUCCUGAGUUUGGUGUUUUGCUGGGUUUGUAGUUGAGGAGUAGUUUAAAGAAACAAUGCCAAAAGUUCGAAGAAGUAGAAAAAGACCUCCCGAAGGAUGGGAACUUAUUGAACCAACUAUUGACGAGCUGGAGCAAAAAAUGCGUGAAGCUGAAACUGAACCUCAUGAUGGCAAAAGAAAAGUCGAAUCUUUGUGGCCCAUCUUUCGUAUUCAUCAUCAAAAAUCUCGAUAUAUAUUUGAUCUUUAUUAUAAAAGGAAAGCCAUUAGCCGAGAACUUUAUGACUACUGUUUGAAAGAAAACAUUGCUGACAAAAAUCUUAUUGCUAAAUGGAAAAAACAGGGCUAUGAAAACUUAUGCUGCCUUCGAUGCAUUCAGACAAGGGACACAAAUUUUGGAACUAAUUGUAUCUGCAGAGUACCAAAAAGCAAACUGGAAGAAGGUAAAAUCGUAGAAUGUGUUCAUUGUGGCUGCAGAGGAUGUUCUGGAUAAUUUCCGGAUUUGAAAGCUAUUCAUUGUAUUCAUUUUAACAUUGUAAAUAAUGCAAAAUAAAGAACAUUCUUUACAUCUUUUA